AUGAAGACAACAGGCUUACUUGUGACUGUUAUGAGCGUAUUGUCUGCUAGAGCUUCGGAAAAGAGUUGCGAUAGUCAUAAAUUAAGUAUAAAAGAACCUCUUGCAAAUGUGAAACACCGUUUAGAAGAAAUAGAACAUAGAGAAAAUGAUCACACGUGUAAAUUCGGUGGUACUCGCAAAAAGAAUGUUGCAUUUCGUGCCAAUCUCGGAACAACAUUACGAAAUUUGAGUCCAAAAGCAGUUGUAGUAGUUGACCAAAUCGUUCUCAACAUUGGAAAGGCUUACAACACUUUAAACGGAUUGUUUACUUGUCCCGAGGAUGGUGUGUAUAGUUUUACUUGGGCUGCAAUGACUUCCCCUAAUAGCAGUUUUGAGAGUGAUUUUGUAGUCAACGGUAAAAUUGUGGCAGGAAAUCUUGCCAGCUCUCACAACGACAACGAGUAUCAACCAACAACUAAGACCGUGGUAGUGCAACUCAAGAAAGGCGAUAAAGCCAAUGUUGCAACGUUGCAAUGGAAAUUCUGCAAAACAAAUACACGAUUUCUGGUUUACAUCUUAUUCUGGUUUUAG